UGCUCUGAUGAUACAUUGCUCUGUACCAAGGGUUCUCAGUCCUCCUCUGAUUAAAUCAUUACUUUCCUUAGAAUAUAUUAUAAUAUAUUUCCAGAGCAUUUUAUAUUGUAAUUACACCCAAUAAGCUCAGUACCCCAUAUCCACUGAAACUAAAGUCUGAAUAGGCAUAAGACAAGGCGGAUACAGGGUAUUAACAUGUCCUGUUUCGUAUCCUUUAACACUAGAGAAAUUAAGAAAGUCUUACAUUUGGCACAAAAUAAUAAAAAGGUAUACGGAUUACACAAGUCAGUUCGAACAGUGUGACUGAUAUGUGUAAAUGUAUGGAGUGAAGAACAGUGAUGAAGGUUUUUAACAGGAAUACUUUAUGAGAUGAAUAUAUUUAACACAUCGAGUUUGUACAAGUGUGAUGUUUAAAGACAGAUGAAUCUGGGAAAUGGCUAUGUACCAUUAUCACUUUUCAUCAGAAACGGCUGACAACAAAGGAGGGCAAUUCUUCAUUACCAGACCAUACAGCCACUGGACACUAACACACUCACUCACAUUGUUGAAGAAACAAGCCAAAUAAGAGGGAAAAGCAACCGAGUGACACCAACCUACUGCCUCAACCGCAAUCAGCCCAGCAGUUCAUCAAGAAUAAAAUGGCGACAGAGAGAGAGGUCUUCUUAAUUCAUAUCUCAUAGCCUGUCUGUCUGAAAGUGUGCAGUGUCCAGAUCAUCAAGAAGUAUGAAUAUGAAUGAGAAAGAUGUUGCUUUGUGGUCUGAGGGAGGGCUAAAUGUCACCCUCACCAUCCGCCUACUAAUGCAUGGCAAGGAAGUGGGCAGUAUUAUUGGGAAGAAAGGGGAAACUGUCAAGAAAAUGAGAGAAGAAAGUGGAGCACGUAUCAAUAUAUCUGAUGGUUCCAGCACAGAACGAAUCGUCACCAUCACUGGUGCCUCUGAGGUCAUCUUCAAAGCUUUUGCCAUGAUUGCAGAGAAGUUUGAGGAGGACAUACUGGCCUGCAUGGUGAACAGCACAGUGUCAAGCAGACCUCCUGUCACGCUGCGUCUUGUGUUCCCUGCCAGUCAGUGUGGCUCGCUUAUCGGCAAAGGAGGAUCUAAAAUCAAAGAGAUCAGAGAGACCACAGGUGCACAGGUGCAGGUAGCUGGGGACUUACUACCAGAGUCUACAGAGAGAGCAGUGACCAUCUCUGGCACCCCUAAUGCCAUUACGCAGUGUGUGAGACAAAUCUGCACCAUUAUGCUGGAGUCACCGCCUAAAGGAGCAACAAUCCCUUAUCGGCCCAAGCCAUCCUCUGUUGGCAACCCCACAGUUUUAUCCCAACCACAUACAACUCCUACUUUUGCUGUUCCAGCGCAGUACACCAUUCCUCCCCAAGACUUGACCAAGCUUCACCAGUUGGCUAUGCAGCAUAUCCCCUUUACCUCCCUUGGGCAGAGCAACCCUACCUUCCCUGGUCUGGAUAUGUCAGUUUCACCAAGUUCUCAUGAGCUGAACAUACCUAAUGAGCUCAUAGGCUGUAUUAUUGGCAGACAAGGCACUAAGAUCAAUGAAAUUCGCCAGAUGUCUGGAGCUCAAAUAAAGAUAGCCAGUGCCACAGAUGGUUCAGCAGUGCGUCAUGUCACCAUUACUGGCUCCCCAGCCAGCAUCUGCCUGGCCCAGUACCUCAUCAGUGCCAGUUUAGAAAUGGCUAAAUUCAGCAUCCAGGCUGCCUCCUCUUCCUCAAGUACUACAGUUGACCUCGGCCUGAGUUUCGCCCAAUCUGCCUCUCCUGCCUCUGCCUCUGCAGCCAUGCUAGCUGCUCCCUCGUCCAUUAACGUCCACUCACCCCCGGCCAUGCCCUCGAUCCCUACUACCCACUAUGCUCUUCCAGUCUCCAGCCUGCUUGGCAUGAAAACUGUGCCUCUAUGGGCUGUGCACACUGCAGCCUCGCCGGGCUUUACACCCUACACCACAAAAAUCCCUGCCUCAGCCACCGUCAAAAAAUCUGAGCAUCAGAGGUUCGCCCCCUACUGACCACACUGACAGUCUUUCAUUUACAUACUAUGUUUUCUGAUUUUGGGGCAUCUUUGACAAUUUUUUUGUAUGAUUUUGUAUAUUUCUGUACAAUGCUAUGCAAAUGAACAGGACACAAAUGAAAUGCAUCUAACAUCAUCCUGCAUUUCUAUUGGCAUUUCAUUCAAGAAUGAGUCAAAUAUCAAAUUGUAUAUAUUUUUUCUGACACUCCAUUCAUACCUUUUUGACCACAACUAAUGUGACUAUAGUUACAGAAUGAUUUUGAAACCUCGCUUAUUAAGGUAGUCAAUAACAUGCAAAUAUAGUACAUGCAUACAUAUAAAUUUUAGAUAUAAAAUAAACACAAAUCCUUUUUUUUACUCAGUUUCAGUAGCCACAUUGAGUCUCUUUCACUGAAUACAUCUGUGCUAGUUGCAUAAAAACAGGAAAUUAAUAUUUUAAUUAAUUUAGGACAAAAAUCCAAAUAUUAGUCCCAUAGUAUUGCACAACAUACCCUAUGUGAUUGUAUUAUUUUCUUCAUGUUUCUGUUGUUCCAGUUAACUGUAACUCGGGCAAAUUUCAUUUUUCACUUAGACUGUAAUGGAGCAGAGGUGAUAUGUAUCACUUCCAGAAAAUGGGUUAUAUUUGUGUUAUAGUUAUUAUAAACUGUAGUAAUUUGCUUUAGUCCUUUGUCCCUAAUGGUGUACAUCUUUCUUAGGCUUUAUGUAGUAAUAGCUGGCCUGGGGCCUAUUUAGUCAUGCUGACAUGCUGCAGCCUCAUUUUCCCUCUGGACUACUCUGAAGCCAUAUGGUAUUCUUGAGUUAUCAGUAUUAUUCAUUAGUCCCGGGUUUGAAUAUAUGCAAAUGAAAAAAAAUGUAAUCCUUACUGAAGAAGAAAAUUCAACAUUACUAAACUUUAUAACUAGUCUAUUUAUUGUGCUAUGUAUUUUCAUAUGCUCUAUUUGAUGGGUAUAUACAUUGUGUUAGGCUAUUUUUAUAUAAUUCUUUAAUAAUUAUUUCUCAUCAGUGAAGGAAUUAACACUUUUCACUUUAUACCUAACAUGUAAGUAAAAGUGUUAAGUGAACACAAUUUACCAGUGGUGUACCUCAGGUGUCUAUCCUGGGCCCUAUGUUUUUCUUUAUGUAUGUGCUUCCCAUUGGGUACAUUUUUCAUAGAAACAUUUCCUACUAUUUUUAUGCUGAUGACAAAUAGUUGUAUUUCCCAAUGUCUGUUUGCAAAUUCUCUGGCUGUCAUACAAAUAUUAAAUGCUGGCUGUCUAAACAUUCUCCGUUUAAAUAAUGACAGACAGAAGUUCUUAUAUUUGGUCAUCCAGACUCUGCAAGAACUGUAGCUGAAAAAUUGGGGCACUGGUCAUGUACCAUU